GCUGAUGGCAUUGGUGGGAGUCUCCAGUUGAUAGUAAAAAAAAAAGUUGAUGUACAGUGUUCAGUCAAGGUUAAGCAAGUGAGUAAAAAUAUAAGAGACAAAGUAUGACAUGUAAGUAGAGAAAGGGAUCACUGUUAUAGCUUGCUAAGUUAUUUAUCGUCAUCAGUGUGUUGUUUGUCAUUGCAACAGUGUGCUAGCCAACAGCUGUUUAAUAAUAUUCAACAAAUAUCAUAUUAAAAUUAAACAUGGAACAUCCAAUUGUCGAAAUAGAUCUUGGUAAAUUACGUGGUGUUAAUGAGACAAAUAUUAAUGGAUUUAAAUAUAAUUCAUUUCGCGGUGUACCCUACGCUAAACCACCUGUUGGUAAACUCAGAUUCAAGGAUCCAGAAAAUUUAGAAGCAUGGAAUGGUAUCAGAGAUGCUGAUAAACAUGCUGAUAUUUGUGCACAAUUUUCACGAAUGGAUUGGGGUAUUAUAGGAAGUGAUGAUUGUCUUUAUUUAAAUAUUUACACUCCAACUUUGGAUAAAUCAGCAUCAAAAGCAGUCAUGGUAUGGAUUCAUGGUGGAGCAUUUGUAGUUGGAUCUGGAAAUGAUGAUUUCUAUGGUCCUGAUUAUUUGAUUGAUAAAGAUAUUGUUCUCGUUACUAUAAAUUAUCGUGUUGGAAUUCUUGGUUUUUUAAAUGUUGAGGAUGAAAUUGCACCUGGAAAUCAAGGAUUAAAAGAUCAAGUAGCUGCUUUAAAAUGGAUUAAUAAAUAUAUAUCAAAUUUCGGUGGUGAUAAAAAUAAUAUAACGAUAUUUGGUGAAAGUGCUGGUGGUGCUUCUGUUCAUUAUUUGUGUUUAUCACCAUUAUCACAAGGUCUGUUUCAUAAAGCUAUACUUCAAUCAGGUGUUGCUAAUAAUCCAUGGGCAAGUGUACCAUCUUCACCAAAAAAAAAUGCUAUUAAAAUUGCAUCAAUACUGGGAAAAGAUAGCUCAGAUCCAGUUGAAAUUGUUGAAUUUUUAAGAACAAUUGAUGCAAUUAAAUUACUCGAAGCUCAAAUGCAAAUGUUAACACUUAUUGAUAAAAUACUAUUUAUAAAUCCAUUUGGACCAAGCACUGAUUUACACUCUUCUCAACCAUUUUUACCAAUUCCUUUGGAUGAAGCAAUUAAAAUUGGAAUUAAAGUGCCUUGUAUGGUUGGUUACUUGAGUGAGGAAGGUUUAAUUAGUACAGCAGGGUUAAAUGAUAACAAAUUAGCAGGUGUUGAUAGUGAUUGUGCAAAUCACAUGCUACAUCCAAAUUCAAUGAGAAUAUUAAAUCAAGAAAAUAUAACAUUUGAAAAAAUUAAAAAUCAUUAUUUUGAUAAUGAAAAAAUAACAAUGGAAAAUUUAAAAAAUUUUAUUAAUUUUCAUGGUGAUUUUUCAUUUGUUCUUGGUAUUCAUGAUGUUUUAGAAAUUCAAAAGAAAAAUUUAAAUACACCUACGUAUUUUUAUAAAUUUGAUUAUGAUUUGGGAAAAACUAUUAUUAAAUUAUUUCUUGGCAUUGAUGAAAAAGGAGUUUGUCAUGGAGAAGAUUUACUUUUACUAUUUCAUUUUAAAUUACUUGAACAAUUUCAAAAAGAACCUCCAUCUUUUGACUCAAUGCAGCAUUUACUUAUUCAAAGAUUCACUAAAAUGUGGAGUAACUUUGCAAGAACUGGUAAUCCAACUCCAGAAACUUCAGAGCUGACACCAAUUUCUUGGAAACCAAUUGAUAAUUUUGACGAGUAUAAUUGUCUGAUAAUUGAUGAUAAACUAACAAUGGGUUUUAUAAAAAAUAUUCGUGAAGAAAUUUUUAAAAAUUUAAAAAAUAAGCUUUAAAUUAAUUUGUUAAAAAAAUUAUAAUUAAAUUAUACUGUUAUUUAUGUUUAUUUUUUCUGGUGAUUGAGUAUUUUAAUUUAUUGGGUAUAAAAUUAUGUGAUUUACAUUUAUAUUUGAAGAAUAAAAAAUCAAAUAAAUUACAUUUAAAAUUAAGCAUAACAU